GGCGCAAGUCCUGAAUUCAGUCUGCCCGGUCGAUUUCCCACCUCCCCGCGGCGAACGGCUCCUCCCAUUUACACAUAUAAGCCAAGCACGUUGCUGACGGGGGCCGCGUUAGAGCCUUUUCUCAGUCCGGUGCUGUAGUGAGCCAGUGAACAUCUGUCAUCUCAUCACGCGUAGCCCAAGAUCUACCAGCCUCUACCAGUAAAUCAGAAGACCAAAAUAUUUGAUCAAUUGGACCUAAAACAAAACUCCAUAAUUCAUCUCCAGCAGCACCAGAGGAGUGAAACCCAAAGGGUCAUAGGAAGGGCAAAUUGGAUCUGAAUUGCGGGAAAUCCUGGAAAUCUGAUCCUGUUCUUCCUGACACUGCUGGUAGUUAAAAGAGAGUGCUGCUGAUUGUAGCCCCUGUCAGAUCAUGGCUGUGCCUCUCCUCCCUCUACAGUUUCUGACAAUGACUGUCCAUUUGUUACUGGCUGGAACUGUUCAUGGGGGUGGUUACUAUCCAAUGAAGCAGGGUCCACAGCAGUUGCCACAAAUACAAGUCCCCCACAUGGUACAAGUUGGCAAAGAGGGACCUCAUAUGCAACACAUGGGCAAGGAGGUGCCACACUUGCCAGUGUAUGGAAAGGAUUUACCAUAUACCUCUCACUAUCGGAAAGAUGUUCCUCAAAUGCAUGUGUUUGGAAAGAAUGUGAUGCCUCAGAAGGAAGCAAAAGAACUGAUACCAACAUUCCCAAGUGCAAUGAAAGGUGAGAAAGGUCCAGCAGGAGAACCUGGUGCGAGAGGACCAAUAGGACCACCUGGGCCACCGGGAUUACCAGGCCGGGGUCUUCAAGGACCUACAGGAGCACCAGGUCUUCCUGGCCAACCAGGCCUUCCAAGUUUAGGGAAGCCUGGAAUGCCAGGAGUAGCAGGUAAACCAGGAAGAAUGGGAUUGCCAGGCCAGAAGGGUGAUAUGGGACCAAAGGGAGAGCAAGGACCUAUGGGACCACCAGGGCCACAAGGAGCACGAGGUCCUCCAGGUCUUCCUGGAUUAGGAAGGCCAGGUAGACCAGGAUUACCAGGAAAACCAGGACUAAAGGGAGAACCCGCACAGAGAGGAUUUCCAGGUAUUCCAGGUCCAACAGGACCUAAAGGACAACAAGGAAUUGGUGCACCUGGUUUGCCAGGAUUGAAGGGCCCACCAGGAUUACCUGGGCAACCAGGCCCUGCAGGACUUCCGGGUAUCUCAAAGCCAGGUUUAAAUGGUCUCCCUGGAGCUCCAGGAGCACCCGGUAAAACAGGACCCCAAGGUGAGCCAGGACCUCAAGGUUUUCCAGGACAACAGGGUGUUCAGGGACCACCUGGAAAGCCAGGUGUGGGAAAACCAGGUCUAGAUGGAAUUCCUGGUCAACAUGGAUUUCCAGGGAGUAAAGGUGAUAAAGGGCUCCCAGGUAUGCCAGGGCCGCCAGGUAUGCCAGGAAUAGCAAAACCAGGGUUUCCUGGACCUAAAGGUGAACGUGGUCACAGUGGACCACCAGGAAUGCAGGGACAAAAAGGCGAACCUGGAGCGGUUGGUUCUCCCGGAAUUCCUGGUCCACAAGGUGAACAGGGAUUACCUGGGCUCCCGGGACAAACUGGGCCAUCGGGUGGCUUGGGUUUCCCAGGACUGAAGGGAGAUCACGGGCCAACUGGCCCCCAAGGUCCUGAAGGCCCAAAGGGGGAACCUGGUCUGCAGGGAAUGCCAGGUGCACCAGGAUAUCCUGGUGCAGAAGGACAACCAGGGAUAAGAGGUUUGCCUGGACCAAUCGGGCCAAAAGGAGAGCAAGGGCACAUAGGUCCAACCGGUUUACCUGGACCACAAGGAGCACCAGGAUUAAAAGGAGAGCCUGGGUUUCAUGGAGAGAAGGGUAUCCAAGGCCCUGUCGGAAUACCAGGGAUUGCUGGUCCCGGUGGUCCAAUAGGCCCUCCAGGUCUUCCAGGACCAAAAGGUGACAGAGGAUUACCAGGACCUCCUGGGUUACCUGGUAUGGGAAAACCUGGAGUUCCCGGACACAUAGGACCAACUGGAAAGCCUGGCCCAGAAGGCCUUCAUGGGAUGACUGGGCCACCCGGCCCUCCCGGCCCUCCUGGCCCCCCCGGCCCACCAGCUGUUCAACCAGAAAUACAACAGUUUCAUCUUCCAGCAAUGGGUCCAGGAAUUGACGGUGUAAAGACGCCACAGGGAUACAUUGGUCAACCAAGUAAAAAAGGAAUGCCGAUGGGAAUUAAACCAGAAAUGCCUGCGUUUACGGCUAAACUUACAGUACCUUUUCCACCGGUAGGAUCUCCUGUCAAGUUUGAUAAAAUCCUGUACAACGGCAGGCAAAGUUACAAUCCACAAACUGGAGUUUUUACGUGUGAAAUACCGGGAAUUUAUUACUUUUCAUAUCACAUUCAUUGUAAAGGUGCUAAUGUAUGGGUAGCAUUAUAUAAAAAUAAUGAGCCACAGAUGUACACUUACGACGAAUACAAGAAAGGGAUUCUCGAUCAGGCUUCAGGGAGCUCAGUUCUUGAACUAACACACGGAGACAGAGUCUGGAUGCAACUCCCGUCUCAACAAGCAGCAGGACUUUAUUCAGGCCCUUACGUGCAUUCCUCAUUCUCGGGAUUUCUACUGUAUCCAAUGUAAAAAAAUGUACACAUGUAAAGCUUUUAAAAUACAAUCUUUGUUACCUUAUGGAAGCUACAUUUUUACCACAAAAAAGCAAUGCCUGAAGUUUGCUGAAUUGCUAACUGUCUUUCUUUCUUUACUGGAAGGCUACUGUUAGGUAUAUCCAAAGAAAGAGUAGACCAUGUCUGUUUUACAUGUUACAAUUGCACAUUAAGCAUUUGGAGACAAUAGUACUCCAAGAACCAGUGGUCAUCUCAAAAAAAAGUUUUCUUGUUCUGAAAGGUUCAUCAGAGUCCCAAGUGUUAGAUUCCAAGAACCUCCACAUUGGUCCAAUUGGACUAUAUUUCAAGAGAGCGUUGUCUUGCAUAAUUGAAGCUAAUUUUCCCAAAUCAAUACGAAAAUUAUAACAGCAGACAGUAUGCAAGUAUUAAACUCUGAAUGCAAAAUAAUUCAAUUGGUCAAUGUUGAAAUUGUGAUAACUUUUCAAAUUAAUAUAAGGGGUGCGCUUUGCAAUUGUUUAUAUUUUAUACCUAAGCCAGGUGUACUUGAAAGUGUUACUGGGUGCAACAUGGAAAGUGUUUAAUUUCCCAGAAACAAUCAUGCCUCUUUAUAAGAGAAAAUUUGCGAAAAUAAUUGCUUAAGGAAACAUGCUUAAACAAUGGAGCCAUCCUUGUCUGUGGACGAGGGACAGGAGUUCAAAGAUCAUUUCUAAUCAAUGAAAUAUGAUCAAUUGUGUAUAAUGUAUUGUGAUAUCUACUUCAUCUUGGGGAGAAUGGGGAAUUAAUAGGUGUUUAUCAGUUAACAAGAACUUACCAUAAAGAUUCAACAGCUCAGUUUAAAACAAUUAAAAUAAUCAGGAUGACUUGGAUGCUGAUGAAAAGCAAAUGAAUGAACAGUAGUUGAUGUAAAACAUCAAGUUGUUGACUGUUUUUUUUCCUGGACUGUGAAAAUAAAGGAUUAUGCAUAGUUUCCUAUAGCUUUAAACUUUCUGCUCUCUCACCCAUUAUUUUUCUAAAUGGAGAAUAAUGCUGGUAAUAUAUUUUGUAAAUGUACAGUUGGGCAACUUCAUACUUCUUUAUCUUAGCAGUCCAGAACCUGAAAGUGCAGAAAAAGUCACUUUGGCACAUUGUGUUAACUCAUUGCUAUACAAUGUCAAAUUAAUCAAAAAGCUCUUCUUGUAGUCUCCAUAGACUCGGUAUCUUUAAGUGUUUAUCCACUUUAGCCUCACUUCAGGGCCAGCUUUCUUGUCGCUAAGGGAACAUAAUAGUAUUACACCUUCAAAGUUGCCAAAAAGACACCAGCAUAGUAUGAGAAUGUUUCAUGUAAUGGGCUUGAUUCGACCAACUAUAUACAAAACAAAGUCCAGCAUUGGAUGCAUAAAACAAGCUAUACCUCCUUUUUUUAUUUCCAGCUACCUUUAAAUGAGUGAAAGAAAAACAUCAUACAGUCCUAUGAUCAAAAGUCAAAACGUUUUAUUCAUCUUUUCCUGAACCUAUCAUGAUAGUUGGGAUUGAAUAAUCAUAGCUUUGUUGUCAUUCUGCCACUAAUGCUAUUUUCUGCUCACCAAUCACAUUAUUUGGUUCUUUAUUGUCCAAAUUUAAGUAUGAGAAGAAGAGCUGCCUUAAUAUCUAAAUAAUGUGAAAAAUAUUCGUUCACUUUAAAUCCAAGCUCUACAACUCAUAAAUAUUUGUCAUUUCAUGUUGCUUAGAGUCACAUUCAAUUAAUUUUCCAUAAAAGCCAAGGAGUAGUUAAACAUUAAUAAAAUUCACAUAAACCACUUGUAAACUCUGGCAACUUGUCUUUUUUUUAUUUGCAUUCU